GUAGGUCUAGAAAUAAGGAUAAGAAUAACAUUUUUCAUAAAGGAUAUGUCUUAGCAUAGAUAAAUUGAUAUAAGGAUUCUAUCCUUUCCUUUCAACGCCAUCCCUCAUGGCCCGCUUUCAACUACCCACCCUCCUCCUCCUCAUCGCCACCGUCCCCCUCAUCUCCGCUCUCCAUGACCUCGCCGGAGAUUUUCUCCGAUUACCCUCCCAAGCUUCCACAUUCCUCCACGACAACAACGAAGGCACCCGAUGGGCCAUCCUAAUCGCUGGAUCCAAUGGCUACUGGAAUUACCGACAUCAGUCUGAUGUAUGUCACGCGUAUCAAGUGUUGAGGAAAGGUGGUUUAAAAGAGGAGAAUAUUAUUGUUUUCAUGUAUGAUGAUAUUGCUUACGACGAAGAGAAUCCACAUCCUGGAGUCAUCAUUAACAGUCCAAAUGGAGAGAAUGUUUACAAGGGAGUCCCUAAGGAUUAUACCGGUGAAGAUGUUACUGUCGGCAAUUUCUUUGCUGCUUUGCUUGGAAAUAAGUCAGCUCUUACCGGUGGGAGUGGGAAGGUUGUGGAUAGCGGUCCCAAUGAUCAUAUAUUUGUUUACUAUAGUGAUCAUGGAGGUCCUGGAGUGCUUGGGAUGCCCACUAGUCCGUACAUGUACGCAUCCGAUCUAAUUGAAGUCUUGAAGAUAAAACAUGCUGCUGGAACUUAUAAAAGCCUAGUAUUUUAUCUAGAGGCAUGCGAAUCUGGGAGUAUCUUUGAAGGUCUUCUUCCUGAAGGUCUGAAUAUCUAUGCAACUACUGCCGCAAACGCAGAAGAAAGCAGUUGGGGAACAUAUUGUCCUGGGGAGAAUCCUAGUCCUCCCCCAGAAUAUGGAACCUGCCUGGGUGACCUAUAUAGUGUUGCUUGGAUGGAAGACAGUGACAAACACAAUUUGCAAACAGAAACUUUGCACCAACAAUAUGAAUUGGUCAAAGAAAGGACUUCAAACGGGAAUUCAAAUUAUGGUUCCCAUGUGAUGCAAUAUGGUGACAUUGAGCUUAGCAGGGAUAGUCUAUUCCUAUAUUUGGGAUCAAAUCCUUCAAAUGAAAAUUUUACUUUUGUGGGUAGAAACUCACUAGUGCCACCUUCCAAAGCGAUCAACCAGCGUGAUGCAGAUCUAAUCCAUUUCUGGGAUAAGUUCCGCAAAGCUCCUCAAGGUUCUCCUAGGAAAAUUGCAGCUGAGAAGCAAGUUCUGGAAGCAAUGUCUCACAGAUUGCAUAUAGAUGACAGCAUAAAACUUAUUGGAAAACUUCUAUUUGGCAUGAAAAAGGGUCCAGAGGUGCUCACCAGUGUUAGACCAGCUGGGCAGCCUCUUGUUGAUGACUGGGACUGCCUCAAAACACUGGUUAGGACCUUUGAGACAUAUUGUGGAUCUCUAUCUCAGUAUGGGAUGAAACACAUGCGGUCCUUUGCAAACUUCUGCAACGCAGGAAUACACAGAGAGCAUAUGGCUGAGGCCUCUGCACAAGCAUGCACCAAUAUUCCAGUCAAUCCCUGGAGCUCUCUGCACAGUGGUUUCAGCGCAUAAUUCAUCGCUCAUUAUUGAAGGUUAAUGUAUAAUUGUCAUGGGACUGCUUUAUAAUUGUUAUAUAUAACAUAUAUUGUACAUGGUGUCAUUAUUUGUUCACACCUCUGUAAAUACAAUGAGGGACCGUGUGAAUUGUGUGUAUCUAUGCGAAUUAAAACAGAGGCAGUAACUUUUGCAUUUUACUGAAAGAUAUUGCACCAAAAGGGGCCUAGCAACGUCUAAUGUGAGGUCAUGUUUAUAUAUGAAAUGCAGUUUUAUUUAUAGUA